CGGCUCGUCGCUGCGGCUGCAGCCGGUGCAGCGAGGGAAGGAGACGCGCGGCUUUCUCCGGCACAUGGAGGCGGAAUGGCCUGAGCGCAGACACGGAGGACUCGUCUCGAUCGGCCGCUGCACGAUGAUCUUCUGACUGUCUGCCUUGUCCUUGUGUGUGUGUGUGUGUGUGUGAGUGUGUGUGUGAGUGUGAGUGUGUGUGUGUGUGUGAGUGUGUGUGUGUGUGUGUGUGUGCGCGUGUGUGUGUGUGUGUGUCAGUCUUGCUCGCGGAUUGCUGCAGUGCUGUUUUUCCAGGUGUUGAGGUGCGUGCGUGUGAGUGUGUUGCGUGCGUGCGUGCGUGUGUGUGUGUGUUUGUGUGCAUGGUGCUGAUGUUGUAGCCUCGUGUAAUUCUCUUACGAAUUGGACUAAAGCCGGGGAACGGAGUCUGAUGUCACAUGUGCUUCAUCGGAGGAAACGGGGCAUCUGCAAGCUGGAUUUUGUGGAGGAUGCUGCGGCAAGUGAUCCACAGAGGGCUCAAGGCUUCGUUCUACUGGCUGGGCUUAUUCGUUAGCAGGCACCCCGUGUUCUUCCUCACCGUCCCCGCGGUCCUCACCAUCAUUUUCGGAUCUACCGUGCUCAGCCGAUUCAAGCCGGAGACGGACCUGGAGGUGCUGGUCGCCCCGACGCACAGCCUCGCCAAGAUCGAGCGCAGUCUCGCCAACAGCCUGUUCCCGAUCGACCAGUCGAAGCACAAGCUGUACUCGGAUUUGCACACCCCGGGCAGAUAUGGCAGGCUGAUCCUGCUCGCCAAGUCCGGGGGGAACAUCCUGGAGCUGGCCGACCAGGUCCUGCAGGUCCACAAGCAGGUGCUGGAUUUACGCGUCAAUUACAAGGGGUUCAAUUACACGUUCGCCCACCUCUGCGUCCUGAGCCACCGGGACAAGCGCUGCCUGCUGGAUGAUAUCAUCACCAUCUUCGAAGACAUCAGGCAGGCUGUGCUCUCCAACAGCACUUUCCACAAGGUGCCCGUGAGCUACCCGAACACCACACUAAAGGAUGGCCGUGUGUCCUUCAUCGGCCACCAGCUGGGCGGCGUGUCCUAUUCACCCAACAGCCGGGACCAGCAGGUCAAGUUUGCCCGUGCAGUUCAAAUCACCUACUACCUCCGCAACCAUGGACCUGUGGUGCAGGAUGCCAUUGCCGAGCGCUGGGAGAAUGAGUUUGGUGCCUUGGUCAGCCGACUGUCCACGGCCGAGGCUCCCCACGCUUCCGACCAACUCCACAUCCAGUCACUCACCUCCUUCAGCCUGUGGCGGGACUUCCACCAGACGGGCGUGCUGGCAAAGGGGGAGGUGCUGGUCAGCCUGGUGCUGGUGCUCCUGGCCGCCACCAUCUCCAGCUCCAUGAGGGACUGCCUGAGGGGGAAGCCGUUCCUGGGCCUCCUCGGCGUACUGACCAUCUGCAUCGCCAACGUGACCGCCGCAGGGAUCUUCUUUAUAUCAGACGGGAAGUUCAACUCUACGCUGCUGGGGAUCCCGUUCUUUGCCAUGGGCCAUGGAACCAAAGGAGUGUUCGAGCUGCUAGCAGGCUGGAGGAGAACGAGGGAGAACCUCCCCUUCAAGGAACGCGUGGCGGACGCUUUUGCUGAUGUGAUGGUGUGCUACACCAUGACAAGCUCACUCUACAUCAUCACCUUUGGCAUGGGAGCGAGCCCUUUUACCAACAUCGAGUCUGUGAAAAUUUUCUGUCAGAGCAUGUGCGUAGCCAUACUGGUCAACUACUUCUACGUCUUCUCGUUCUAUGGCUCCUGCCUGGUGUUCGCUGGACAGCUGGAGCAGAACCGCUACCACAGUGUUUUCUGUUGUAAAAUCCCCUCAGUGGAGUAUCUGGACCGCCAGCCCACAUGGUUUAAAACUAUGAUGAGUGACGGCCAUGACCUGUCCACGCACCACGACAGUGUACCCUACCAGAAUCACUUCAUCCAGCACUUCCUGCGAGAGCACUACACAGAGUGGAUAACCAAUACUUAUGUAAAACCCUUUGUGGUCAUUCUCUAUCUCAUCUACGCCUCUUUCUCAUUCAUGGGAUGUUUACAAAUUAGCGAUGGAUCAAAUGUUGUUAACCUGCUGGCAAGUAACUCUCCGAGUGUCUCGUAUGCUCUAACCCAGCAGAAAUACUUUAGCAACUACAGCCCUGUGAUCGGGUUUUAUAUUUACGAGCCCAUUGAGUAUUGGAACUCCACGGUGCAGGAGCACCUGAAGACUCUUAGUCACGGCUUCAACAAGAUCUCCUGGAUGGACAACUUUUUCCACUACCUGCGGGUGGUGAAUGUGAGUGCGUCAACUAAGGGCGACUUCAUCACCAUCCUUAAAGGCUCCUUCCUGCGCAGCCCGGAGUACCAGCACUUCACUGAGGACAUCAUAUUCUCAAAGAAUCGUGAGACUGACGAGUAUGAUAUAAUCGCCUCACGGAUGUACCUGGUGGCGCGGACAACUGAGAAGAAGCGUGAGGAAGUGGUGGAGCUCCUGGAAAAGCUCCGUCCAUUGAUGCUUAUCAACAGCAUUAAGUUCAUUGCCUUCAAUCCAACAUUUGUGUUCAUGGACCGCUACAGCUCUUCUGUCAUCUCCCCCAUCCUGACCUCAGGCUUCAGUGUGCUCACCAUCCUCAUCCUCACUUUCUUCCUGGUCAUCAACCCCUUAGGGAACUUCUGGCUCAUCCUCACAGUAACGUCUGUGGAACUGGGCGUCUUGGGUUUGAUGACCCUUUGGAACGUUGGCAUGGACAGCAUCUCAAUCCUGUGCCUUAUUUAUACCCUCAACUUCGCCAUGGAUCACUGUGUACCACACCUGUACACCUUUGUGCUGGCCAACGAGCACACUAGGACGCAGUGCAUCAAGUUGGCACUGGAGGAGCACGGGGCUGCCAUCCUGCAGAACACAUCCUGCUUCGUGAUCGGGAUCAUGCCCCUGGUGUUUGUGCCUUCCAAUCUGACCUACACACUGUUCAAGUGCUCCCUCCUCACUGCAGGCUGCACUGUGCUGCACUGCUUCGUCAUCCUGCCGGUCUUCCUGACCUUCUUCCCACCAUCCAAAAAGAGACACAAGAAAAAGAAACGGGCCAAGCGGAAAGAGCGGGAGAGGGAGAGAGAGCGGGAAAGGGAGAGGGAAAGAGAAAGGGAGGAGAUAGAGUGCAUUGAAGUCAGGGAGAAUCCUGAUCAUGUGACAAACGUCUGAGUAGUUUGUUAUUUUAGCAGUGCAUAUCAGUGGGUCAGUUAUUGGUUAAGAAGAGGUGUUCUCCAAAUGUGAGGUGCCUCUACAGGUGCAGGGGAGCUUGAUAUGUCCCCUGAGGAGUGGACACCCGUCACUCCCAACCAAUAGCAGCUAAGCUGGCCAGAGUAGAGCGCAGCCCCACUGGUCGGUCAUCCAGUCCUUCAGUCUGGACAGUGCAACAUGCUCAUGGUCCCAACUAUUUGGUAUUAAACACGAGUUAGUUGCCAGAACCUAUGCUUGCUACGGCUGUAGGUACAUUCUAAACACACAGUGUGGUAGUCCAUUAUAGCAAUAGCAAUUCUAAGUUCCUCUCCUGCAGCCCUUAUCUCAAAGACAGUGAGAGAGGAGCAAAGCAGUCUGUUAAAGUAAGGACACAAGGAAAAGUUGGUGAAAGUGCUAAGGGUGAUAAUACACAAGUCCACAGAUUGAAAGUGGGCAGGCGACGGCUGUGAUCGCACCUCACUCCUCACACCUCGGUAACAUCAAACAGAAACAAAACCAAAUUCUGUGGAAAGAGAGAAACUGUGGACCUGGAAGCACACUGCAUGCUUUUCUGUAACAUGAAAUCAAGCUGAACCGGGCAGAUGGCAUACACUGUGUCAAUUGUGAAGAAUUAUCUUGCACAUUGCAUUCGGGGAAUAGUACGGUCAAGGUAAUGAGGCAAAUAUGUCUUCAUCCCAGAAGUCAUCUAAGGUAUCAGACAAUGGCAAAAUAUACUGCAGAGGGCUGCAGUGUAUGAGGAGAAAGGGAUAAGGAACUAUUGGGCAGCAGUACUUGAAAAGGCAGUAAACCUGAUUCUUUGAGUACUUGAGUAAAUCCUAAACUGCUUCUGCAAACCACUAAAACCAAAAGUGAAGAGUGUCUUCAAGGCCGGAAAUAUAUCCCAGUAGAUUGAUUACAAUGGAAAAUUUCUGUGAGGGUACGAAUGUGUUUGUGAUCCACUUACAAAAGCUCACUGGCGUGAUACUGGUAUAAGGAAGGUCCGGAUGUGAUUCAUUACGAGCAGUGGUGCCAAAUGGUGUACAGAAGCUUUUGUCUGCCGACUGAUUUCUAUAAAAACAAACAACAAAAAAUAUCAGCUCGAUAUUUGUCCCAGCUAAUUUAAAUGAUUGCUAUUCAGUGUCUUUUGGGUUUGUGAAGCUGAUUACGAAACAGGCUUUAAAUUAGGCAGUGAGGCACUUUUUGUAAAGAAUGCUGUCUCUGAAUAGCGUGACAAAUUGAAACGAAGAGCUGAAGUGAAACGAGAAAUUUGUUUUGCUCCAAAUGUAGGAAACUGCAAUUAAAAAUCACAAUAACAUGUUAAUAAUACAAAUAAGUAAAAGUCCAGCCCUGCAGCCUUGCUGAAGAGCAUGCUGUUCACGCCAUUUGUCUAUACAGAAAUAGUGCAUUUGAAAAACAAUGCAUCAUUGUUUUUCUUAACAUUUUAUUGCUUUUUUUAUUUAAUAUUUGGUUUUCAGCCCUCAAGCUGUAAUGAAUUAUAUUUUUAUGCAGUCGAUGGAUCGAAGUGUGAAAUGUAAGGUGUUGAUCAUAAUCACCUGGUGCUGCAGUUCCCCUCAGCUGUGCAGACCUUUUUAGCAUCUUUCCGCUCAUUGUUUUCAUUGUACAACCCACGACAUUACUGUUUUGGUUCACUUCAACUACUUUCAUCAACCUGGUUUGCAGCAGCAGGCAGCAUUAGCCUGUGAAAAAAGCUUUAUCAAUUUAUCUCUAUAAAAUACCCUUAUUAUUCAGUGGAAGGCUAAACUGGCUGCUGUUUCUCCGUGGGGUAAACAGCAUUAUCUGUGUCCGUCAAAGUCCGAUAGGAAUCUGUGUUGCAGUCAAAAACCAAACACACUCAAGGUCAGCAGGCCCAACAGAUACCGGUCUGAGGCUGACCUCUGGCAGGCAGAUCUUAGCUGGUCGCAUGUGAUAGAGUGGCCCCCUGUGAGCAGAUGAGGCUGAUUGCAGAUCUGUCAAUAACGUCUGACGAGGACACUGACUGUUCUUACAGGGCUGUCAUUGAGGGAGAGUGAAUGUCUCUCAGCUAAUCAGGCAGCUGGAAGGAAGUUGGAGUAUUCAUACUGUACCACAUGUCAGUGAGGGGCAUCUGUUGUUUGACAACGAGCUCAUACAGUCAUAUAGCAAAUUACAAGUUAUAAAAAAUGGCUGAUAAACCUUCUUGUUUGGAUUUAAAUCUGUAAAAUAAUGAGAAAUAAAGGUUAAAAGAAGAAUUUCCUGCUAUUGCAGAAUUAGACAGUAAAGUGUUGAAUCGUCAGGAACCUUGUCUUUCAUCAGAUGACGCCCUUCUUAGAAUUAAGGUGUUUAUGGCCAGCGGCUUCCCGAAGCUGCUGCAGUGAGCGUCACGUUAUGUAAAAGCCACGUCAUGUAUGUAUAGCAAAAGGCAUGAAAUCUUUGAAAAAUGGGAAAGAAAUGCAGAUAUUAAAUAAUUUACCUCCCAAAAAUGGACUGUUUGCAUGGCACUGUAUUGUAUGUAUGUAUGCAUGUAUUUAAUUUUUCUGUGCGAAGUCUGCAUUUUCUUAUUUUUCUUUUCUUUUGCUCCGCUGUGGUUAAGUUUGUCGUCUCGAUGGAUAUUCUGUAACACCGUGUGCUGCAAAAGAACAAAAUGAGUCAUAUCUGUUCCAAAACAAAAGCCAGAGGAUAUUUCAUCUGUAAAAUACCUGUAAAUUAUUCUUUUCUAUAUUUUCUAAAAAAAAUAUAUAUAUACUAUAGAAAGAUUUUUAAUGACAGAAUUUUCUUAAAAAAAUAAAAAGGGAAAAAAGUUGAACACAGUAGGCCAGUAACAAACAGUGGAAUGUUACCAGUAUACUAGAUCUUAUUCCUUGCAAACUACAGUGUCAGUGUUUGUUGAUGAUUCACAUUUUUAUGUGGGAAACACCAUUUUAUUGUUUGUUAGUGUGUCUUGACUCCUUUAUAACCUCUACUUGGCCCUCACAUUUAGGGAUAUCACUCAGUACUCAACAGCCCUUUUGUAAACAACACGACGGCCCAUCAGGCUUUGUAAUGAUCAUUUUUAACCACAAAAAAACCACAUUAGAGAUUUACAGAACAUAGACAGAAUGUCCAGUUUAUAUCCUGAAUUAAAUUUAUUACACUUUGCUGUCUGGCAGACCAAGCUUAGCAACUAAGAUAUCAAUAUUAAGCAUUAUUGUUAACUCGUCUGGAACAUCAUUCCUAGAUAUGGGCGUCUUCCUCCUCAUCGCUGGCUACAAAGCUAUUGCCUAGCAACACUUGCCACCUUUCAGCUACUUUAAAAUUACCAUCAUUCCCAAUACUCGCCUGUCUGAUUAGGCUGCCGUGUCAUUGUUAUAAGAAAUGAAAAGAAGUCACUAGAAAUGAUUCUUCUACAGCAACGCAGUAGAAGAACCAACAGGUUAUUGAAAGAGCAUGUAAUAUUCAUAAUAAAUACUACGUAUUAUUUUCACCAUUGAAAAUGAAAACCUGGGUUUAAGGAUGAGCAUGCCAUUAUUCAGUAUUUUAUUAUUGUCAACAAAUCCCCUGAAAAGACCAAAACCAACAGUUUGUCUGUUUCUCAAUAUCUCUGACGUCCCCAGCCAACGCCUACUGGUUCUCAUAUUCUUGUUUCAUUUAUGAUUUAAAACCCAUUUAUCAUUAAAAAGGCUAAAAUAAUAAACAGUUGAGUGCUGUAGUUAUUUAACACAUGUUACUCAAACCGGAGACGUGACAAAUGAAUAAUGAUAUUCCUUUGGUGUUAUACUCAGUAUUUAUGUAUUCAAACGGUGUCAUGGCGACUGAAAAUUGUGAAUUGUGGUUGGUUUAAAAGUGUGAACACAUUUGUUUCUAAACGAUGGGCCGUGUACGUGGGGACAGCAACAUUUGUGCCUCAGCAAAAAAAGGCCUAGAGCUCAGAUUGUUUGUGUAACCAACAACAAAUAGUUCACACUUCAAGUAAGUAUGGAAAAGGAGGAUUUUUUUACGUGGAUAUAAAAACUGUGUUACUGUAUUCAUAGGUGAAUUAGGAUGGCAGAGCACAUGACUGAGCCAUAAAAGAGAUUUUGCACAUGCACAGAAAAAGUACAAAUUGUUGGGGGUAAAGACGAUUUUGGGCAAAAAAGUCCCCAAACUUUGUUUAAAAUCCGAUUUGACUGGUGAUUCAGUACAAUUGUAGUUGAGGCUCUCUCUCCUUAUUGUUUUAGAUGGAGAACCAGUCUUCUUAUUCCCGGGGUGUUUUCAAGGUAGUUGCUAAGAGGGCGGAGUUUCUACCUUUUGUGCUGUAGAGUUUUGUUGGGAAUUCAUAUUUUGUGUAAAACCAGGUUUUUAUGCUACAAUUUAACUACUUUCUCUUUGUUACUUCCUGGCUCCUCCUCAUCCGUGACAUAAUAGACUAUAAUGGUUUUGUCCUCUGACCUCUGUAAUCUUAUGGGGUAGCUGCAACCGGCCAUGACAUGUCCAUUAAAAGUUAAUUUUUUCCACAAAUAGAAUACUAAACAAAAGUUAUUAUCAUGGUAAUGAAGAGACGUAAUCCAGUGCAACAGAGUGGCUCAUUGAUGUGUUUUAAUAGGUUAACGGAAACAAUGGAGAUCGAAGGCACAGAGGAACAAGACUUGUAUUUGUAGUGGUAGGGUCAAUGGACUGAUGGUUUUGGUCUUGGGAUUUCUAGACAAUAACACCAUUGACAGCUUCAUUCUUAACAUCUGGACUACUAUAUAAUUACAUUUGAUAAGGUGCCAGAUGUGGUAGUCGGCAUGCAUUGUGAAGAGUACAUGUUGCUUUACUCCCACAUUUAUACAUCUUCUACUACAUUAUUAUGUCAAAACUAACUUUCAUCCAUAGACGCAGCAUUUUUUUCUUCAAAAUUAGAUAGACCGUGUCAAACCUAUUGAAGUGUUGCACAUUUUCUACACAUUUAAAGAAUAGGUUUCAUUAGAUCCUGCUGGGUUAUGCUGAUUUCUCACCUCUAUGGUGACAUCUCAAACACGUUUUAUACUGUAACAUUACAGCUGAUAUAUGAUAAAUGGGCUUUGAAUUAGUUGUUAGGUGAGGUUACCUCAAAAUGCGGUUUGAGUACCAUGCACGAUAAUCAAAAAGGAAUUAAAAUAGUAAUAUAAAUACAUAUAAAUGACAAAGUGCUGGUGUUUCAAAAGUCAGUCAGCAUAUAGGUAAGUGCACUAUAAGUCUCAUGGGGUGCUUUCCAUACACUCGCACAUUUUCAGUUUUUACAACCAGGGACGGCAAAACGUUUCCACGAAACAGGGCAAUAAAAUUAUGCAAUCACCGCUUGUUGAAUAAUUGACUGUACAUGGUCAAUUUGUUUCAACCACAGCCUCAGAGGACACAUUACUGUUUUAUCGUAACUCGUCUAUCUCGUAUGUCAAGCCACAAAAGUAAACUCAUGUACGGUCAUUCAUCAAACCUGUUAUUUAAUGGCAUCUAGGUCAGCAUUUUUCUUAACCUUUCAACAGUGUAGAGGGCAGCACGCUCAAUAGGGAUAGGGUUAUUUGGUAACCUUUGUCCUUCUAUCUAACUAUCUAUCCAUCUAUCUAAUGAUUUCCUCAUCUCAUCAUAGAUUUAAAAUACUAACAUAUGGCAUAACUUUAAACCGCUGUUAAAAUGCUGUUUCUGUGCUACAGCUUCUCUAUCCUCGCCAUCUUUCUAUGCCUGAUGGGAAUUUUCUGACCCAAUCAUCUGGAACUUGGAUAGCAGACCCAACUGACAGUACGAUUGGUUGUUUGUUCUUAUUAUGCAUUGGGAGGAUUCUCUUUGUUUUUUGCCAAAGUGUUAGCCUUAUAUAUCAUGUCUUCAAGGGUAUUCCACCUAAUUAAAGAAAGUACAUAUG